CGCUUGUUGAUAGGCGAGAUGUAUGACGACAACAUCCAGUUUCUCGAGAUUCGGAUGCACAUUCGCACCUUUUCGUUCGAUCGCGGUCACUAUAAGCACCUCGCUACAAGAUAGAAGUAAACCAUCAUAAAUAAUCGUUUUCUCGUCGCGCUUGUGUUUAGCAAUGGAUUUCCGGUUUGAAACAUAAAAAAAGUUUACGAGAGGUACUUACCCUACAGCCCAAGCGGUGUCUGUUGCUUGUCGUGAUUUCUGUUUCAAGAAGAUCGUACAUAACGAACAAACAUCUUUUUCUCCAGAAACAAGAAAGAAGCUCAGACAUCGCACCAGCAAAAAUGAAGCUCCUUCACCACCAGCAUUUCCUCUACACCAGUUUCGCCGAACAGGACGCGGAGAAUGAUCCGGGCAAGCCCUUCGGCUCGGUCGCUCCGGGCGAAGCCCAGUCAGCGCAGUCGGUGCCGAGUCACAUCGACGUCGUAUCCCAGGAAAAAAGUUGUACACUUACACAUUGUGUUGCAGGCAUAGCAAGACAGACAAGCUGCGAUGCAUAAAAGCCUUGUUUCACACGUGUUUUCCCGUACUAUUUCUGCAAUAUCUCCUCGUGCAGAGAAAUUUGUGUUGCUAAAUUGACAACAAAUUACGUGUAACUGUAACACUUUUUUCGUGUGAUACGUCGCGGACUACAACUACCUUUCCGGGGUGGAAAAGGGUUUCGCGGGGAACCGCAACGGCAUCCCGACCUACAGCGCGAUUCGCCCCGACCAGCUGGACCAGCUGAACCGCCGGGCGCAGCACAGUCACGAGCUGGUGGUCCGGGAUUUGCGGAAGCUCCGCGCCGUGGUGGCCGAUUCGUUUGAACAGGAGCAGAUUAUCCGAAUGGCGAAGAAAAAAGCCGAUUACUUUUUGAAGUUUGCAAAGCUGCAAGCGCGGAAGCAGGACGCAAUUACGACUCUCGCCCGGCGGCUGAUCGGCAUGAAGGAGCAGGUCGAGGAGGCAGAGGCCGCGAUGGUUCCCGGGGGAGAGGAAAGUGCAAGUGGUUCUCCAGAGGACAGAGGCAUACUAGACGAGGAAGCGCUGAAAGAGGAGGAAAAGCAGCUGGAGUUUGAGAUUCAGGAUUUACGGACGGUGCCGAAACCGGAGCCACCGCCCUUGGAUUUACUGAAAGCCCAUACACUGGAUACCUUCUUCCGAUAGCGUGGUUAGGUUUAUAAGUCCGAGACGUUUCGAAGAAAAAAGCCGAAGUGUAAGAAUGCCAAUC